AUGGCCGACAUUAAAUCACCGUCCGUUAAUGAUGGCGAUGAGGUCCAACAAGUCCCUUCAACCGCCCAAGGUGACAUCUCAAAGUCGGUCGAUGAUCAUGCUCUCGAUGAGGCUGCCAAGUAUCUGGCAAACACGGAAGAGUAUGCGCCAAUGACACCAGAGCAAGAGAAGAAGAUUGUCAAAAAGAUUGACGCAUGGAUGAUUCCCCUCCUACUCUUCGCGGCUUCACUCGGAGCUGUUGACAAGGUCCAGAUUGGAACUGCCUCGCUGUACGGGUUCCAGACGGACAACAACAUGGUGGGACAAGAGUACAGUUGGCUUGGCAGUAUCCUACCACUAGGUACUCUGAUUGGUCUCGUCCCAGCCUCUUACCUCGUCCAGCGAGUUCCACCUGGCAAAUUGCUAUGCACCGCCUCCCUUAUGUGGUCCAUCUUGACCAUUAUGUACGCCCCCUGCCGAUCUUGGUCUGGCUUUAUGGCCCUCCGCUUCUGGUUAGGCUUUCUCGAGGCGGCCAUCACCCCAUCUUUGACCAUGCUUGUUGCCUCCUUUUACAAAAAAAACGAACAACCUCCGAGAAAUGCCAUAAUUUUCGCCUACUUUUCUUCUGUUUUCAACGGCUUCUUCGCUUGGGUGGUCGGCACAAUUCCCGCCUCGGCCCCUUUGCUGAAAUGGCAGUACCUCUACAUCAUGACGGGCUCCAUAAACGUCAUCUACUCCAUCUUUCUCUUCUUUUUCCUGCCCGACAGCCCCAUGAAUGCCCGUUUCCUUACCGCCGAGCAAAAGUUCCACGCUGUGCAGAGGCUGGCCGGCAACAGGACGGGAAUCGCCAACCGUGUUUGGAAGUGGGAUCAGGUCUGGGAAGCACUUCUCGACAUCAGGAUUUGGAUCAUAUUUUUCUUCAACAUUGUCAUCAAUAUCCCCAACGGCGGUCUCCAAACAUUUGGGUCCAUCAUCAUAAGCAAUCUUGGGUUCAGCGCAUUGGAAGCGAGUUUGCUCACCAUGCCCUUCGGUAUCAUUGCCACAGGUGGCGCAUGGCUCUUCAGUUACAUUGCCGCCAGGUCGCAUAACAAGCGGACCUUUGUUGCCAGUAUAGCUUUACUUCUGCCGAUUUUUGGCACAGCCUUGGUGUACGGCUUGCCGAGGUCCAACAUAGCUGGGCAGAUGGUGGGAUUGUACUUUAUGUACUUCUACUGGCCUCCGUAUGUUGUAGGCAUCUCCCUUCCCCAGGCAAACACAGCCGGUCACACCAAGAAGAGCGUUACCUACAGUCUUGUGACAGUUGGUUAUGCCGCGGGGAACCUUAUAGGCCCUCAGACUUUCCGCGCGAACCAAGCACCAAAGUACACUUCGGGUGUUGUCGUAAUGUUGGUCUGCUACUGCGUAUGUAUGCUGCUUCUUGGUCUCUACUGGUUCAUUGCCACGCAGGAGAAUAAACGGCGAGAUUGCAAAUACGGUAAACCGGAGGUGGUGCAAGAGGGGACAGCUGAGGGCUUCAUAGACAUGACGGAUAAGAAGCAGCAUAACUUUCGUUAUACGACUUAA